GUAAAAGAGAGAACACAGUAGUGUUAGUUAUAGGAAUAAGGAAACUGCAUGUACCUGAGAGACUAACCUGUACCUGUGAAACAGACUCAAGCAGGACAAAUCUAAUCAACAGGGAAAUCCCUAAUUAACUGAUUGAUAAUGUGCAUACGUCUAACACAGUGAUACAAUUUUUUACACGCUCUCUGGAAUAUAGAGCCUAUUUAAUACCGGCUGCACAAUGAACCUUACUUUAUUCAGUUACCAAAGCUAUGAGAACACAGCAGCUUUUUAACAUUGUGUUGAAGAGAAUCACUAUUCUGCUUAUUCAUACAAAGGACCAGCAUCAAUGACAGAAAAUACUUCAGGUGCACUGCCAAUGCAUUACAGACAGCCUUAAUACGUCAAAUUGUUUAUGAUUUUACAUAAGAUCUUUUGAUAGGCAAUUUGAUAACAACAAGUUGAAAACUUUCAUCAAAUAUAUAAGUUGAUAGACACAUACACAACCAAAGAAAGUCCAUACCAAAUGGGCAUGGAGAGGAAUUAAAGAAUUGUCUUUUGACAAGGACAUUGUAAGUCUAACAAAAAAAAUAACUUCAAUAUUACAAAAUCUACAAAAGAGAGUAAAAGGCUAUAUAUAACAGUGGCGGAAAACAUGAGCCUUGUUUCAAAGACAUUCAGACCAAACAUGGAAUUAGAAAACCUCCAAAUAGUUUUUCAACCAAAGAAAGCGUUUACAGGAGCAGAGAAAGUGUGCGUCAAAUAAGUAACAUUUUAACCUUUCACUGAGAAAUGACCCCAACUUCUCCAACAACUCUCCUUGCAAGCUCUUUUGCUGAAAUCAACACAACCUUGUAUUCCAAUGCUUCAGCUCCCCAAAGCCUUUCUGCCCCAGGACUCAUCAUUCCACUUGUCUAUCUGGUGGUAUGUGCAGUAGGGUUAUGGGGCAACACUCUAGUUAUUUACUUGGCAUGGCGCAGUCCUGCUGGACAGAACUCAGUCACUGCUCUGUACAUCCUAAAUUUGGCCCUAGCAGAUGACCUUUUUAUGUUGGGCCUACCAUUUCUGGCUGCCCAGAAUGCUCUGUCCUAUUGGCCCUUUGGCUCUCCGGUAUGUCGUAUAGUAAUGACUCUGGAUGCAGUCAAUCAAUUUACUAGCAUAUUUUGUCUAACUGUAUUAAGUUUGGAUAGAUAUCUAGCUGUAGUUCGACCAGUCCAAUCAGCAAAGUGGAGAAGACCUAGAGUGGCCAAAUGUGUAAAUGUAACAGUGUGGAUCCUCUCUUUCCUGGUUGUACUGCCAGUGGUUUUCUUCUCUGGCGUCCCAGUGAAUUCUGGAACUUGCCACAUUGCCUGGCCAGAGCCAGCCCAUGCCUGGAGAACUGGUUUCAUUAUAUAUACUGCUGCACUAGGCUUCUUCUGUCCAUUACUCGUGAUCUGCAUCUGUCAUAUACUAAUUGUGGCCCAACUGAGAUUAUCUGGACAACGAGUCAGAGUGGCCCCUAACCGGAGGCAAGGGCCAGAGCGCAAAGUAACCAAAAUGGUGGCCCUUACAGUAACUGCUUUCUUUCUGUGCUGGUUCCCCUUUUAUGCUUUGAACAUCAUAAAUUUAUUGUGGCCACUACCAGAAAGUCCUAAGUUAUAUGGGCUCUACACAUUUGUGGUGGCUCUUUCUUAUGCAAACAGCUGCCUAAACCCUAUUAUCUAUGCUCUUCUUGCUCGUCCUUUUCAAAGAGGUUUGCGGCGUGUUCUCUGUAGGACCUCUGUGAAGGUGGGUGAUGGAGUAUUGAGAGCCGGUAAUGAAGGGGCACAUGGUGAACUCAGCAGGGUUAGUGGCAUUUCUCAGGAAGUAAAGACUUUGAGAAUACAGCCUAGAGACGAAAAUGGAGAAAUGGUAGUGACAGAGGAUCAGGCACAAGAAGUAGGAACGUCUGGGCAAAAAGCUCUUCCGGAAGAGUUAGGGGCAUCUGAGAAAGAAAACAUGCUGGGCAUAAGUUACUUGUAAAUCAGAAAGCUUGUAAAUGUCAGAAACUGCAGUGUUUGUGGAAAUAAACACUUUUGACUCUGGGAAAUAUUAAUCCUUAAAAAAUUGAACAGACAAUAUAAAAUUAAUUUUAUUACUAACAAAAUGACUAUCGGCAUUCUAUGACUUUUCUAGUAUUUUAAGCUGGUACAGAUUAUCAGGAAUAAAGCAAAAACUAACGUACUUUCCAGUUAAUUCAUUUAAAAAUAUAUUUGAGGAAUCUAUGAAUCAGAUGAAGGAAGAGCAGAAUGUGAACAGUUAUUCUGUAUAGGUUAUUAUGUCUAUAUCAAGUGAGGCUGGUGAUCUUAUUUAAUGCUUAUUGCCUGUUGCUAAGACUGGUAUCAAUGAUGGUAUUUCAAGUUAUGAACAUCUGACGUAACCAAGCAACCCACCUUUGAAAUGAAAAGACGCACUUUGUUAAAGUCCUUGGGCAAUUCGUGAUAAACAACUAUUCACAUAUUUAUGAUUGUAGGUUCUGCAAAUCAGGAACUAACUAACCCAAAGAACUGAUGAUGAGAGUCAAAUGCUUGUUUACUAUAGGAGUUCAAAAACAGAUAAGCAGCAGAAAAUAGGGAUUCGACUAUUUAGUCGUUU